GCUGCGAACGGUUACACUCCUCUUCAUAUGGCAGCAAAGCGGAAUCAUGUCGAGAUCGCUACACUGUUGCUCGCCCAUGAGUCAAGUUCGGCUUCUGAGGAUCAAGAUAUUACCGCCCUAGUAGAGGCAGAGUCACGUUGUGGAUUUACACCUCUCCAUUUAGCAGCUCAGGACGGGCACGUUGAUAUGGCAUGUCUACUUUUACAACACAAUGCUAAUCCGGAUCACCAGGCUAAGGUUGGUUUGUUUCUAAGGCCUUAA